CAAACCCGUUUAUGAAACAACUUCCAGUGGACAUACUUUAUUUGAAAACCCUCCACUUAUUGAUCCUUAUCUAGUUGCCGUUCAUGCUGAUUAUCCAACUAUUCUUGCAAAUGCUGGUUGUGUUCUAACAGCAGAUCAAACCUAUGAUAGAAUAGACACACACUGGUAA